AUGGAGGGUGUGAUGUUUCCACACUCGAAUGCGAACUAUCAGAUCGAAUCUGUGGAGUUGAGUGUUAUCCGAUUGGCGGAUGAGACGUUGCCUGUGCCGGACGAGCAGGUGCACCGCGACGCUUUAAUGGACGCGGCGCGGAAGUGUAUGGCGGGCUCGGAACUGGUCCUGAUGGAGAACGGGAAGUGUGUUAUGACGGGGUUCACAUUACGGGUGCCGGGCGUCGCAUAUUCGAUCCAUGACCAGAUGGUUGACGACGUCUACGAGGCCGUCAUCAAAGCGACCUUCGCCGACCCACCGCUACUCGAGGCGCAGACUUUCGUCUUUUCCAACGAUGGCGUAGCCUGCAGCGACAUCGUUGACUUCAAAGUUGAGGGCAUCGCACGAGCACACCCCGUCGCCGCCGUCACACGAGACGGCGCACUCAACAGCCACACCAAGUCCCUCGGAGUUGCCGCACUCCUCCUAGCCCUCGCUCCCUGA